GUGAGGUAACGUCUCUCUCUCUUUAGCUCUCUCUCUCUCUCAUAAUAGUAUCUCGCUGCAGGCGCACUGCUAGCUAAAUCAUCCACUGCAAGAAGCAAUCUAGCCAUGGCCAACCCUUACGCUUUCCUCAGGCGGCCUCACAUAGAUCCCUUCUUCCCCUUCCAAAGAAGCCUAGUUUCUUCUCCGUCCUCUCCCACAAAGCAAGCACUCCCUCUCCUCAGCCUCCUACCUGCAGCUUCAAGCCAUGAUCACAACAAGACCCUCUCUUCUUGUGGGUACGCUGGUGAUCAUCGUCAACAUAAGAAGGAAGAUGAUCAGGAUAUGAACAUUUCGCUCCAAAUCGGCCCUCCGAGUCCGAAUUGCGCACUUAAUCUUGUAAAUAGUUGUGCCAUCGAUGCACCUGUGGCAGCAUCACAAGAUCAGUGUAGUGGUGGUGACCAGAAGGUGGAAGAGGAAGAGGAGGAAUUAGAAGAUGAUGAUGGUGGUGAUGGCAGCGACGAUCUGUGCUUGGAGUAUCUUGCCGUUGGGAAGCUCACCAAGGGCAAGUAUUGGAUCCCUACCGUGACUCAGAUCCUCAUUGGGCCUACACACUUCACCUGCCCGGUGUGCUGCAAGACCUUCAGCAGAUAUAACAACCUGCAGAUGCACAUGUGGGGCCAUGGCGUGCAGUACCGGCGCGGGCCGGAGUCGCUGCGGGGCACGCAGCCCGCGGCGAUGCUCCGGCUGCCGUGCUUCUGCUGCGCGCCGGGGUGCCGGAGCCACGUGGACCACCCGCGCGCGCGGCCCCUCAAGGACUUCCGCACGCUGCAGACGCACUACAAGCGGAGGCACUGCGGCAAGCCCUUCCUGUGCCGCAAGUGCGGCAAGCCCCUGGCCGUGCGCGGCGACUGGCGCACCCACGAGAAGAACUGCGGCCGCCGCUGGCACUGCGCCUGCGGCUCCGACUUCAAGCACAAGCGCUCCCUCAAGGACCACAUCCGGGCCUUCGGACACGACCUGCACGUCGAGCGCCCGCCCGCUUGUUACAACAGGCCAUCGUCGCCUCCUUGAUAUAUCGAUCUACAACUGCUGCCUGGUCUGGUCGCUGGUCGAUCCGGCCGGUGAUAAUUUCCGUUGAUCCGGCCAUUAUUACUUGUGCAUUAUUUAGGCAUGUUGCUCGUUACCGCUUGCAUGCUCAACUUAUUUUGGUGUGCAUGAUUAAUUACUUGUAUUUACUUAGCUCGUGUUGUUAAUUUCACACACAAGUGUAUGCAUGACCGUAUUUCUCGUAUGGUACGUCUAGACUUACUUAUUGUCGCAA